UGCGCAUGCGCAGUAGGUCAGCCGUGUAAACCUCUGACCAAUCAGAUUUGAGAACGGGGAAUUUAAAACUGCAAUUGGGCGCGUGGUUUUCAGAAAAGGCGCUGAUUUGGAGGGAGAAGCUAGCACUGAACGAUUCCAGAAGGUAAAGAAAGACGACAAUGGCUAUGAAGAAAAUGCAGAAUAUAUACUACUCGGACAAGUACUACGACGAUACUUUCGAGUACAGACACGUCAUGCUGCCCAAGGACCUGGCAAAGAUGGUUCCCAAGGGAAAGCUGAUGUGCGAGUCAGAGUGGCGGGGGCUGGGCGUUCAGCAGAGUCAGGGAUGGGUCCACUACAUGGUCCAUGGGCCCGAGCCGCACAUCCUUCUCUUCAGACGGCCCAUCACGGACCGCGAGGCCGCCAAGAAGGCAAUGCUCGUCUGCACUUGAACCACCGAACACUCCGCGUGACCCCUUCCCGCCCGCGCAACCACCCGUGUGUCGUUUUCUCUUUCGUUCAAAAUCCUCAGCUACGUUUUGUGUGACUGAACUGGCUCUGAGCUAGCUAUGAGCUGGGGUUCACUGUCUGUGUAAUUAUGCUGGAUGUGUUGUGUUCUGUACCAUGAUGUGAAAUGUCGUCUCAGUUCACUCCUAAUUGAACCUGUGCUGUUUCAACUUUCUACCAACUGCUAUCAUUUUUGCCAAAUACAAGUGCUCUGUGUGCUGUUUCUGCCACUCGCUGAUAUGCGGGCUUCAAAAAGCAGUGUUUGCAAAGACUUGUUUCCAAGCGAGUGGGGUAGGAAAAGACGUACCUUGUGUAUGUAGAUGCUGUUAUAUGAUAACACCACAAUCUGAUAAAUGUUGCGCAUUGCUCUCCAGCUUCACACAACUACACAGCAAAUUGCGGAAGAGUGACUGGGGGGGGUACAUUGCAA